UUCCGAGUCUCGGAAUAGUUACAAAAACACGCGUUAUAUUAUAUUAUCGCGUUCAAACGUUAUUACGUUAACUUUUCAUCUUUAUUAUAUUAUCAUAUUACAUUACGUACGUCGAUUAAGAUAAUACACGUGUAAAAAAUUUUUUAACGCACGACUUAUACGUACGACAUAACCGUCAAAUUUAAUCAUCCUUAAGAUCUCGUUGCGUAUCGAAAAAUCUUUAUUCUUGGACAAUGGAAUUGCGUCUUAUCGGAGCGAGUUUAAAGUUCGAAAUUAACUCUAAACAGAGUUAUUCGAGAAAACGUAUAUAUUACGUAGGCCGUGCGAACGAAACGAUACGAAGCAUCGCGUGUCUUUGAUCGAUUUUAAAUAUUUCAUCGGCGUAGCUACGUAUCGAUAUUCCGAAGGAAAGAGCGACGGGCGUGUCCAUCCAACACGCCUAUGCCUUGCCUUCAAGGUGUUCCUCUCGCCUCUCGCACUUGCUCCUCUUGCUUUCGCACUUUCGACGCCUCGAGAUCUCGUCGCAACGAUCUCGAAUAUAUUUCGCUGUGACGACGCGUCUUGAAAAAUGCGACUGUCGCUUUCGUUUCGGCUGGGUGUCGUCCGCGAGUGAAACAAUCAACCGCAAACAAUCGAUACGCCCAGAAAGGCUAAUCUCUUUGCCAAUCAACAUCUUUGGAUCUAUCUUUCUUUUUUUAUCGAUCAAGCGAAAAUAUCGUAUGAAUAAAUUAGCUCGAAAAACCAAUUAUCAAUUAAAAACUAAUUAUCGAUUAAAAAUCGAUCGAUGCGGUUCGCGUAGAUCAUAUUUUAUACGCAAAAGUACAAAUAUUUGUGGCGCGUUUUUUCCAAUAGACAUAGAUAUGAAAACAUACUCGGAUAAAGAUGGGUAUGAGAGUAACGUACGCGACAAUUCAUGCAUUCUAUUACACCAAACGUUAUAAACGUUGUUUAGCAGAAUUUUCCACGUAAAUUGGCUUGAAUCAAUUUCGAAUUUCUUCCCACGAAAAUUCUAUAAUAUUCGAGUUGAGCGAAACUCAAGGAGAAGGAGAGAGAAGCGAGGGAACGGAGAGUUUUUUCCUUUGCUAGUCGAGACAGUCUAAUUACCGGAAAUAAAGAUGAUCAAAAAAUAAAACGGGCUUGGGCGGUUAGCGAUUCCAGUUUAACAAAAAUUGAUCGUGUACGCAUAAUCGUACCAUGCCUGCCAGUCAAUUCAACGGAAUCCGUGGAUAGGGAUCGUGUUCAAUAGCUCUGGACAGCUCGCUCGAGCGAGUUUCAUUCGAAGGCACGCGUGUGUGGUCCCUCCAACCAUCGUUUCUUCCAUCGUCUCUCCUUAUCUAACGAUUUAUCGACAGUGAUUUUGCGAGUCGAAACGAAUCCCUCGAUUCUCUUUCUCGAAAAACGGAGAAAAAUCAAAUUUUUUCGCUUUUCCCUUACCGCUUUUGAAUCGAACGAUAAAUGGAAAAAUAUAAUCGAGAAUUUGAUAAAAAAGAACGAGGUUGACGUGAUUUUACCGUUAAAUCGGCAAAGCGGUUUCCACAAUUUAGCCGUAAUAAUCCGAUCGUUCCGCCCGCGAAACGAUUGGGCGGGUAACGUUCGGGAGCCGUCGUAUCGAACCAAAGAGUCGGGAGAAACCUUGCGGCCAAUCGCCGCUGUUUGCCAAUGAAUCAUCCGGUUAACAGCAGCCUUUCUCGUCAUUAUACUUUCCUUAUCGCCUUAGAGCUCCAAGACCAGUCUCGGCGACCAACGCCGGUUAAAUACGAGCGAGUGUCGCGUUUCUUAUAACUUUUCCAACUCGAUUUUCCAACCAUUCCAACCGAUAUUUUUUGAUUCAGACCAAUCUUCUUUGUACUCUCUCCUUUGCUCAUUUCGAUGCGAGAAUAAACGAUACGUCUGUCGAUAACUUUUCCAUUCGGACAAUCGUCGAAUCAUCGUUAUCGUAUCGCAAAAUUAUCUAAAAGAUCGAAAGAAGAGCGAAAGAAACUCGAGACGAUUCGAUUUUUCUCUAACAGUUUUAUCCACGGAAAUGAAUCGCGGUUUCCACGUUUAUCGCGUCUAACUCGUGCGACAACUUAUCGUCUUUUAUCGAAACGUUUAUUCUUACGUAACAGAGCGAGCAAACGAGCGACAAACGCGGAACAACGCGAUUGCGGCGAACAAACGAAACGCCGGGAUCUAUCUCGGUGGUCAUGUUCCGGCCAGAUUUCAACCGCGUAUUCAAUCGUCAAAGAAUUAACAGUGCGCUACAAUCUCGUAAUAUCGGAUCACUUUCACGAAGAAGAAGAAACCGUGAAACGAGGUCGUAUUACGCGGAGCGCUUCUAUCCCUUCUCGUUUUCCUCCCCGUCUCUUCUCUCGUCGGCCAAGGAUUUUAAACGAAUAGACACGGAUCCAAGAAUUAAGGUGUAUCCCGGAUGGCGGGGACGUUGGUUACACGAUGACGGAAUUGCAGCCGUCGCCACCAGGAUAUCGAGUCCAGGAUGAGGCUCCGGGCCCACCUUCCUGUCCUCCGGCCUCGUACAAGUACGCGAGUCACGGCCACGGUAGCGAGGCUGCCAAUUUCAAAAGUACCUCGUCGUCGUAUCCUCAGGAAGGGUAUGGUGGCCUUAAGCAGAGCCCGUCUAGGACGGUACCUCCUAACGAGUAUUAUCGGCGAAGAAACGACGGGAGAAGAUCCACGGACAACGAGCACGAGGCUGGCAACGCAACCAAGAAAGCCACGAUUCCCGGUUACAACGAAAGUCACAAGAAGAAUGCUACGAGCUACAAGAACGACAGCGGGUAUAGCGAGAGCCUUGGAUUCGACAGUUACACGCUCCCUCUCAACGAAAGAGACGAGGCAUCGCCGCCUCCAACGCCGCCGGUCCGAGACGCGUCUAGCCUCAAAGGUGUCUGCUACGGGCCCGGCCACGAGAAAUACCCAUCCUGGCCGAGCGCGCCCGAGAGACAUCCCGACGAGGAUGUUCACGGGUCGGGACACAGCGGAUCCCAUCGUUCCAAAUCAUGGACCGAUCACACCAAUUAUCCGAAGGAGAAACCUGCCCAGUACACCAGACCGCAUACUAAGAGGCCCAAUCCCGCGUUCACGCAACAGUUGAAGACGGUGAUGGAACGCUGCGAGAAGAUCCCGGCGGAGACUUUCGAGUCGCGUAACAGAGGCAACAUAACGGAAGAGGAACCGAGAUUGUGGCCUCGCGUGGAUCGCGAGGGCAAAGCUCUGGGUGACGCGGAAUACGUGGUCCCCUCUCCGCCCGAACGCGAGCAACCUCAGACAGCUCAGACUCUCAGCCAUGCCGAUCUCGAGGCCUACGUUAGGAGUUAUCAGGUGGAUCCUCAGGUGUCCCAGGUGGACAUUUAUAGAGAGUCAACUCUAACGCAAGCAGGCCUCGAGGAAUACACGAGAGUGCAACAUUCUCAACAAGCUAGCUACGCACAAUCCGAAGGUUAUCACAGUUACGUGUCCAGUGUCGAUUCCACGACCAACACUCCGUUUCUCGACAGAUUGAGAAGAGACAGCGAGGCAGUGGCGCAAAGGCCGACAUCCACUUGGGAGGACUCGACCUCGAGAGAAGGAAGGGACAGCGUGGUGACGACGUCGAGCGGAAGCGCCUCGAGCAGCGAGACUCUGAAAUGGCACGGAUCGAUGUCGGAUGUAAGCGUGUCGAGCGGGUUGCCGGCUCGCCAGGAUCGUACGUCGGAUCGAUGGCAUCACGGAUCGUUAUCGGAUGUAAGCAGCGUAAACGGUGGAGUUUUAUCCCAGAAGGCCGGGAACAACGGUUGUCGCGACAAGUGGCAAGGAUCUAUGAGCGACGUUAGCACCACUUGCGGAUUGUCACCGACCGCAAAGGGGAGACACGGAGGUGAAAAAUGGCCGGACAAGUGGCAAGUAGUUUCGAUGAAUGAUCGUAAUAAACAGAGUCAGGGUAGAUCCAGUUUACCGGCUGUGAUCAAUCAUUGCAACGCAUCGAGCAACGCGGCCGACGUUUCGUCCGCUAUGCGAGAGAGCAAGUGGCAAGAAUCGAGUAUCGACGAACAGUCGUUGGUGGACAAGUCGCAAGUAUCGUCCAGUGGGACUACCGCGUCGAUGCAGUGGGACAAUUCGAUGAGGAUCGAGGGUGAUAAGUACGGCUCGUUGGCUCAGCCGAUGCCUCAAAGUCCCAUACGUCAGCAAAUCGGUAACACGACACCCCAAAGCCCGGAAAAUUGGAAUCAUCCUAUACACGGGUCGAUGUCGGACGUCAGUCAGGUCAAUGGAUUAUCGUGUAGCAAACAAUUGAUCGCUCAUAGCGCCAGAGUUCAGACUCCUCAGAGACAUCAUUCGGAAAGCGUCUUGUAUUUGGAUCGUGAACGAAAUCAACGCAAGCUGUAUCCCGUUGCAACUACUCAACCUCAACUCGACUCCACUUCGAGAAUGCCAGCAUUGCCGUCUCAGCAAAUUUCAGUAGCAGAGCGCAUAAACGAAUUAGAAAAGCAACAGCAGCAGCAGCAACAACAGCAACAGCAGCAACAACAACAACAACAGCAACAAAUGCGUUACACCUAUCUAGACCCGGAGAAGCGUCACAGAGUAUCCGAUCCAACGUUGAAAGCGAUACAGAAAAAAGCUCUGCUCUCGUUCUACGAGAGACAUCAUCAGGCAUCCUGGAGAUCGGAACCGCAAUUGGCACAGGGAAGCCAAACGAUCGCCGCGCCCCAAAGUCCUCCGCCUCAACCACCUCCGCGACCCAGGCCACCGUCCUCGAGAAGAGCCAGCUCCGCUUCGGAUUACGCGAGCGGCGCUUGGCGGGAAAACGGGAGCAGGAAUCAGAGUCAGGCGAACGCGGGGGAACUGUCGAGUCCCAAGCAUCAACACAGCAACAGUUGCGGCAGUCUUUCCACGGAUUUGUUGGGCCCCGUGAUAGUAGGGCCAGCGAUAUCCAUAGACGAUUGGGUGCCGGAGAGACCGCCCAAGAAACCACAUCUGAGAAACGUUUACAACGAUCGCGUACCCAGUCCCGAUUUGCCUCCACCCUCACCUCCAACGGUAACCGAGAACGAGGUUCACGAUUGCGACGAUCCGCUGCCACCUCCACCACCAGAGCUGAGCGACGAUUGUUUCAACGAUGCAACGACUACGGCCACGACCGCGGCCACGACCGCUCACCACCAUCACCAAUCGUCCGAAGAGUCGAAAAUUCGCGAUAGAUCUUGCGACAGACACAAAUUGGAGAGACACUCAAUCAGAAGAUCGAAGCACGGAUCGAAACGGGAUUACGAGAAACUUUCCUCCGGCAAAUCUUCUCCGAAUUCGGCCACGAAAACCAGCAUGUCCCACCAGCAGGCCGAGCAAGAACAACAACAUCAAUUCGUCAGGGGUGGUAUAGCGUUGAAACACGUGGAAUCCGAGAUGGUGUUGGAGAAUGGGGUCUCGGCUGGAUUCGCCACGCACAGAAUGGUGGCCACCGGUCGUUCCAGUUUGAGAUAUCCGUCCGCGCAGAAGUUAAUGAUGAACGGUAGGGUGACGCCAGCCAGAAGAAUAUCGGAGGAACGAGGUUUCUCGGCCAGACCUCCGGCCCAAUUGCCCGAUCUCAUCUCGCAACGAUACACCGACUCCGGGAAUCAGAGGCCCGCCCCCCAGGUACCCGUCGAGCCGAGGAUCAUUCGGCAAGAAUCGAUGCGAGUGGAUGGGACGCGAAUCGACGUUUCCGGAACGUUGCUCAGGAACGAUUCCGCUCAGAGGUUGGAAUCGUCUUCCGGUCAGAGGCCUCAACCUCAAGUGGCCAAAAACACGGACAAAAGUGGCUCGAACAAUCAAACGACCAGACCUAAUUACUUGCCCGUUCCGGAAAGCUCCAAGUGCGCGUCCAAGUAUCUGGAGAGUGGGAAUCACGGCUUCACGAUCGGUAGCCCAGUGAAGACGGGCUACGAAGCCAAUUCCAAGAUGUAUCCAUCGGAAUCGAGCCCUCAGAAGUAUCACGAGCCUCCCAAAUACGUAGCCAAUAAUCACCAUCAAUCGCGUCAUAGCGGGGACGGGACGCAAAGGGGGAAUUAUUACGCGCUCCCCCCCAAAUAUAUAGACGCACCGAAGCAAAAGCCUCAACCUCAAUGUCCCACGGAUAGAUACGGCGGUUCUACCAACGCUUCUCCGAGUUCUCCUCCUCCUCCGCCUCUGGCGCCAAGGCAAAACAGCGCGGGUAGAAAGUCAUUGCCACCACCGCCCCGACCGGCUCCUCCGCACGCGCUGCAGGGGAGUCAAUCGAAGGCCUCUUAUCUGGCAUAUCGGCGAGAACGAGGUGCGCCUGAUACCGAAGGUAGUUACAAGAGGACCAUGUCACCGACAUCUCGCUUAGAGGAUUGGCCACCGCCACGAGAUCACGACGAUCCGGUUCUUCUUCGCGUCACGCCUCAUCAUCCGUUGCAGCAUCAUCACCAUCACCAUCAUAACAAUCACCAUCACCAGCAACAACCGGAACUUUCCAAAUCGCACAGCGUGGAUGCUCUUCAUCACCGGUUGGAAGAACGAUCGACGCAACAGCAACAACCGCAACAACAACAACAACAACAGCAACAAAACUCGGCUGAGAUGAUUGGAAAGUUGUCGCACGAUUUGAACAAGAAAUUGCAGUUGAAUGAUGCGAGAUCGCGAACCAGUGAAAAUAAUAAUAACGAUAACCUGGAGGAUCGACAUCAGCAUCAUCACCAUCAUCAUCAUCAUCAUCAUCAUUAUCAUCAAGAGAAGAGGCACGAUUACGAACAGCGUAAGGAACGACAGUCGCCUCAGAGUAUCGAAGUCCUUAACGACAGGAAUCGACAGUUGGAACGCGAACGCAGAAAGUUGGCGGCUAGUUGCGAGCCUUUAUCUCAAAACAGAGAGAAACAGAAUCGGAGUAUGGAAAUACCUUCUUCGGUGGUUGAAGAAAACUUGUUUCGUGAACGAAGCGCCACCAUCGAGAUGACGUCACAGAACAUCGAACUUUUGAAUCGACGUAAUGAAAAGAGAACAAACGUUACGUCAACAACGACCAGUACGAUCACCACUUGUAUCACAACAUCGUCAACAACUACUGCAAUGACGAUCACAACUGAUAGUUGUUGGCCACGCGGCCUCGAGAUGCAGAGUUCCAUCGAAGCGUCACCUGUUUCGGAAAAGCCUACACCACCGACCAGUUCUCCUCCAAGAUCACCGGAUCAAAUCGAAGGAGAUAGUUCAAGAGGGGCAGUACCCAGACGAUCCGGAAGCUGUUCCAGUUCUUCCUCUUCCUCCUCCUCCUCUUCCUCUUCCUCUUCCUCCUCUUCUUCUUCUUCCUCCUCCUCGUCCGGCAGAUCCUCGGAUCCACAUAUCUCACCACGAAACUUAUCCAAUAGCUUCUCGAAGAACGAGAAUUCUUUCCUUAACAAUAGAAAAGUCUCGAGCCCCACUCAAACGGACAACACUGGUUCUUCGAAUAGAUCCAGUUCACCUGUUCGCUCGAAUCAAACGAAAGAGAUAGAAUUACGAAUGGAUAGGUCCUCUUUAUCAAACAAAUCCAGAUCAGGAGGAAGAUCUUCGACUUCUUCCUCCAUAUCGAGCUCCGUAUCGAAAGCUUCCUCCUCGUCGUCAUCGAGAAAUUCUCCGGUGGAAGAGGAUGUAUCGUUUUCUCCAAUGUCGCCAUGCGUAUCACCUCAACCGGGAAUAGAAGGAUUGACACUGUUACAACGUACGGAGGUUGUGCUUCGAGUGAAUACGGCUACCAGUGACGUUGCCUCGCAAACAGAUAUUCCAGAAACAACAGAGAUUGAAUCAUCGACAGUCAAAAUUCGGGAAAUUCUUCUUUGCAGAAAGAAAUUGCCAGAAGAGAUCGAAUGCGAGGAACUGGGUCGAGACUUGGCGAGUCAGCUCAAUCCGAACGAUAAGCUGGUACCUCUUCUAGUUCCAGCUCCAGAACAUAAAAAGCCUACAGACUAUGUUACCGGUCUGUUCAGGGUGGAAGCGACUUUGCAUCCGCGACCUAAACGUCGAUCGUCUCUCGAAGAACCAACAACCCCUUGCUCGGAGAAUGGGGACGAGGAAAAAAAGCACGAGUCGAUACCCUCGACUCCGUUAUCGACAGAUUCAACCAGUCCUCUAUCUCCGACGUCCGCUUAUUUCACCACAUCCGAAGGAAAGGCAAGGUUUCUCACAAGAUAUUCACGUGACGUAACUGUUGAGGGAUUGACGAGACAGGAAGAUGUGCCGCCUAUCAUUCCAACCAAUAGCCUUGAUCUCAGACAGAAAAAGGAGGAAUUGAUGAUGAGCCUGGACAAAAAGCUUGUGGUCCUAAGAGCCGAACAGGAAGCAGUUCGCGAAGAGGGAGAAGUAAACGAGGCUUUGGGAACAAGAGUCGCAACAAGGAUCUCCGCUGUUGCUCGACCAGCGGAAGCAUCCAAGUAUCGGCUGCAUGUAGAGGAAGUAGGCAAGAUCACGAGUCUUCUUCUCGGCUUGAGUGGCAGAUUAGCUCGAGCUGAGAACGCUCUCUACGGAAUGCCGGCAGAACACGCGGAAAGAAAAAUACUCGAGAGCAAGAGGGAUAAGUUGAUGGAUCAACUUGAAGAAGCGAAGAUUCUGAAGAGUAAUAUUGACAAGCGUAGUGUGAACGUGUCGACGAUCCUAUCCAAGUACCUGAACGAGGAAGAAUUCGCGGAUUAUCAACAUUUCAUCAAUAUGAAGGCGAAGCUGAUCGUGGACGGUCGGGAGAUUCAGGACAAGGUGAAGCUCGGGGAGGAGCAGCUAGCCGCGCUGAGAGAAGCGAUCGAUUAGUAAAACAACGCGAGCUUGAUCGCGAACCCGAUCGUAUUUAGAGGUGUGAUUAUCAAAGGCGUGUGCUUUUUCAAGCAUAAUAAUAUUUGUUUUUUUUAUACAUAUAAAAAAGAGCACGCGAAAAGAUUCAAGAUGUUUCGCAAUUUGUUAAUUUUGCAAACGAUCUUAUCACUCGUGUGUGCGUUCGAAUCAAUGAAUCGAACGUGAUAACCUUAUAUAGGAAUAGGUGUAUUGAUAACUUGAAAUUGUAUUUCUUUUUUUUUUUUUUCAUUUUUUCAUUUUUUUUUUUUUUUAAACACGCGUUCAUUGUACAUGUUACGUGUCUUUUAAGUCUUGGAUGGAUCAAAAUGGAGAAUUUCAUCAUAUCGUGUUUUUAUGCGGAAGUAAAAUCACUGGUCUCAUGGCUGCGAACGAUCUUAAAGAUCGAAGCAUGAUCCAGAGACGGCCUCGAAUGCCUAGUCGUUGCCGAUCUCCCUCCCUCCCCCAUUGAUUGUAUCGUGUGUUCCACGUGAUCUGAACAAGGAUCGAGAAUAGAAUAUAUCAUAAUAAGUGUCAUUAAUAACGAUACGAUAAUGAUAAAUAAAGCGGUGGUAAAGCGAUCAAGCGAAGGCAAAAUUUUCGUUUCUUUUUCAUUAAUUUUUGUAAAAUUAUACGAUAUGAAACUAACCUUCGAUCGUUUUCUUAUUCAAUUCGAAUAAAAUUAUCGUGGUUAACGCGAACAAAUCUUACCGGAUGACACGAUGCAAAGCUCGAAAAACAGAUCGCAAAUAGUUACAGCCUCGACGUGUACUGUUCAUGAUAGAACGUGGACAGACGUAAAUAAAUAAAAGCAAACAAACUGUACAGCGUACAGAUGUUUCCAUCAUAUGGUUAGCAUAAUGUCAAUUGUGGAACUCGUCUCGCGGAAAGAUUUUUGACCUAGAAUUACUUCUGGUGCCUUCUUAUAUACGAUAUGUGAUAUAAAGAAUAAGGAUAAUACUAUAUUUGUAUAUCCGAAACAAUACAGGCAAACCAAGUGACGUUAUAACAUGUAUAUAAUUAUAAAAGAUAAGACAAGUUAGUAUUUAAGCGAUGAGUGUAAUGUAGGAAACACGCGAUACACAUACAUCCACACAAACACAAGUACACGUAUGCGCGAUGAUGCAUUACAUAUGCGCGGAUGCAAACAUCCAUUCAAAAUCAUUAUACAUGCUCACGUAUACACAGUGAUUACUAUUUUUUAUGUUUUUGUUCUAAUCUCGGAGACUCUCGUGAGCCUCUAUGACGCUUGUGAUCUUACUUAUUUCUCUACGACUGUACCAAGGACUCUCGAAAACAAAUGUGUCAAAGAUAAAUCGAAACGAUUUCGGGCCUCCUUGGUGGUUUUGCGAAAAAUUUUAUGCCUCGGUCAUUUUUCAAUUUUUUAUCGUUAUUUCUUUUUUCCUGCCUUUGAAUAUUUUUUUAUUAUUAUUAUUAUUAUUAUUAUUAUUAUACACUAUACAUCUUGCGUACACCACACCCUUACCUUCUUCGCUUCGACGAUCGUCCCGUGGUGAUCAAUCUCGACGACGAAUCGCAGAACGGAGAAGACGCAACAGAAAUUCGAAGCGAAGGAUCCUCCGGUUUUUUGAGCUCGGUAAUGAAAUACUUACUUGUAGACUCAAAAAUUCCGAGAUGGAGUCUGUCCUCUGUUACUCGUUCCAGCGAAAAGUUCGUGGCAAAAAUUACGUAACUUUUUAGCCAAAUUUUAAACGAAAAAUAAAAAUAAUAUCGUAACAUUUACAUUUCGAUUGUUAUUUAGCGAAAAUAAAGCGAAAAUCAAGAUCAAAUAAAGCGAAAAAGCGAAAAAAAAUCAAAUCAAAUCUGAUAUCGUCUAUUUCGAUAGAUAGUUCGAUAAUUCGUUAAAUCUAUCGGCUAUCAUUAUCAUUUAUCAUAAUUUAAUUUCCAUCCGUUUAAGAAUGCGCGGAUCGUAUUCAAACCACUAGAAUUCCAACCCAUAUGGAAUGUACGUACAGUGUCAAUCAAUUUAUAACCGAAACAUAGAUCGAAAAUGAUUCGAUAAAACAGAGAAUGAUCAAAGCUGAUCGAAUCAUUUCGCAGAGGACGAGCAAAACGAGCACACAAAAUUCGUAUCGCGCGUGAAAGACUGAGCACAGGGCAUAAAAUUUUGCAACAACAUUAUAGUCAGUUUUUGUUCCUCGUUUAUUUUUCGAUCGUUCGCAAGAUACCGCGCUGAUACGGCAGCGAUAUUGUAAUCUCGCCGCCUGAAUAACCACAUUUCGUAAUGCGCUUGCAAGCAGCGUUACAGAGUCCCGUCAUAUUCAUCGUGGUGAUACGCGGAAAAAAUUGUAUAUAACAAAUCCAGUUAAUUUGAGAAUAAAGUAAAUGAAAAUGAACGAAAAAAAAAAAAAAAAGAAAAAAAGAAAAAAAAAGAAAAAAUGAAAGACUUGGACGAAAAAAAUGAUAAGAAACCAUGGUGCUCUGCAUAAUCUAUUUUUUACGAAAAAAAAAAACGUUCCAUUAAUGCAUAGGAUAUAUUUACUAAGUACGCUAAGUUCGUUCAAUAUUUAAUAAUAUUUUCUUUUUCCCUCUUUUGUGUACAUAUUCUUUACAAGCAUAAACAAUAUUAGUUUUAAUGCGAUGCGAGGAGGACCCGUUUGAUAAAACAAUUUACACGCUGCACACACGCGUCACAUAUAUGUAAGCGGCGACGAUAGGUCAUUGUGUUAGUCUGACAAUAUUAUCGCAUAUUUCGAAUGUAUCACGAAAUCAUUACGAUAACUAUCUUUCUCAAACUCGCUUGCAAUAAUAAAUAUUUGUUGAAAAUUAA